AAGGAGAGAGCAGCAGGAGGAAGGGCCGGCGCCUGGAGGCUGUGUGUGGCAGUGUGGUUCCUGGGGGUCUGCGGACUGCCUGCUUGGGGGUGCCCGUUACUGUCUGCAGUGUGGCACAGCCCCCACAUGGCCCUGGGCUCACGGCACACCCUGCCCGACCGGGGGAGGCUUGGGACAGUCCGAAGGCUCGGACCCGGGGCUGCUGAUCUGGGCUCCCUGGCCCAUCGGGGUCCGCAGCUGUCCCGGGAGCGGGAGGCCGACACGACAGGAGCCGGGGGGCCACCAUGCCAGGCCAGGGCCCCCAGCCCUCCCCCCGCAGGGCCCGCCGGGCCGAGAGCUAUGAGGCCAAGUACGAGAGGCGGCAGGAGGCCUGGGAGAGCCGGUGCAGCCGCCCCAACGUCACCACCUGCCGCCUGGCGGGCGGGCACGCCGGGCACCGCGAGCGGCUCCACAAAGCCCGUCAGCAGCUGUUCCUACAGCGGAGGAACCUGGGGGCAGAGGAGCCUGGCGGGGUGCCCCGGGCCCCCUCACAGGGGCAGGUCCCACCUGCGGAGUCCCUGUCUACGGCCCCCCGACAACAGGUGGGCUUGGUUGGGGGCGGCGGUCUCAGGGCUCAGAUGGCCUCGAAACUCACGUGGGUGGUGGGCCGUGGAGCGCCGUGGACGCCUGCCUGUGGGAGAGGUGCUUCACCGCCGCCCCCACCCCAUGCCCCCUGAGACCCUCCCCUCCCC